AGAAUAUUACUGAAAGUAUAAAUAUGGAACAAAUGCAAUGAAAAUCUGUGCAUUACAGCAGUCUUUGCAUUUAUAUUUGUGAUCUUGUUGGCCUUCUCAACUUUACUAUUACAUUUAGGCAGCAGCUAUUUGCACUAAGUGUAAAUAGACACUCCGAUACAUUUAUGUACAUAGGCUGAUAAUACAGAUUUAGGUUAAAGCAGCAAGUCCGAAGGUUGGCCAUGAACUAUGCAAAUUUAAAUAAUGCUUUAACUGACUGUUGUGUAAGAGCAAAGAUAAGAUAUUUUCUCAGUGAAAUCCAGUCUUGGAUAUAUAAAGGUCUUCUCCGCUAUUUACUGUCAUUAGUGUUGUUGGUUUGGUUCAGUAAGAUCUCAAACAUGGCUCAGCAGGAAUACAAAAUGCUUGGUGACAAAAUGUUCACCUACAAAGGAACUGUCAUAGCUUUGGCAGACAAUCAUGAUCUUACUCCAGAAUAUAUUGACAGUUUAGAGGAUUUUGAAACAAAGGAUGAUGAUGUUUUUGUUGUUACCUUCCCCAAAUCUGGUACGGUGUGGACCCAACGGAUCAUAACAUUAAUAUACGCAGAAGAUUUCCCGGACAAAGCCAACCAAAUCACAUACGAGCAGAUGCCUUGGCUGGAGUAUCGGAUAACGGGGAGAGAUUACAACACACGUCCAUCUCCAAGACUCCUCUGCUCCCAUUUACUCCAGCCGCUGAUGCCCAAAAUGCUGCAAAGAAAAGGAAAAGUCAUCUAUGUCAUGAGAAACCCUAAAGACGUCAUGGUGUCAUAUUUCCAUUUUUCCAACAACAUGAAAAACCUGGAUUCUUCCGAGAGCUUCGAUGAGAUGCUGGAAAAAUUCUUCACCGGAUGCAUGGUUGGUGGCUGUUGGUUUGACCAUGUUAAAGGAUGGAUCACAAAUAAAGACAAAUACAACAUCCUGAUCCUUACUUAUGAAGAAAUGAUCAAGGACCUCAGAUCCGUCGUUGUGAAAAUCUGUGAGUUUGUGGGAAAGAAUCUGUCAGACGCAGCGAUCGAUAAAGUGGUGGAAACAGCCACAUUCAAGCACAUGAAGAAAGACCCCUUGGCCAACUAUGAAUCCCUUUCUCUGACUUUCACAGAGCAUCCAAAAGGACUUUUUUUGCGCAAGGGAACAGUUGGGGACUGGAAAAACUCUUUAACUGUGGCUCAGAGUGAAUGUUUUGACCGCGUCUACCAAGAAAGAAUGAAGGACGUACCUCUUAACAUGGUCUGGGACAUCUCAGAAUUGCAUGGCUGAAAACUCAAGAUGUGGCAUCCAUUUUGCAAACUACUAAAGAUAAGACACUACCAUGAUAAUAAAAGGAAUGCAUAUGUUACACAUAUAGAAAGGAGCCGGCGUCGUUUCUGCUGUAACACAUUUAAUAAGAUUGAUUGCAUGUAAAUCUGCAAGAAAAGAUAUGACAGUAUAAAGUCAAUCACAUAUGGAGCGUCUCAAUUCUGUGUGUUAUCUAUCUGCUCACCUCGCAUUAACUGCUGUAUUACGUGUUUUAACUCAGAAUAACAUUUUCUAAAUGCUCUAUAACAUUCCCUGUUGUUUACGAACAACCGUAAACAUAUUCACUUGCAAAUACAGUUUGCCUAUCAAGCAUAUGAACACAAAUUUGACUGAAUAACAUAAAAAAUAAACAAUAUUAAACUUAAUUUGAACCUUUACAUUAUUCUUUGUCUGUUUAACCACUUUCCAGAGAACAUACAUUCUCUGUCCAAGCAUGACUCAUUAACUCUAAAUAAAGCAUGACACAAUGCUUUCUGAUGUCCCUUUCUAUGACUCUUUGGUUUCAUAAGCGAGCAUAUCACCUCGUUUGAAUUGAUGGUAACUCUAAACCAAAGCGGCUCAAGACAAUUUACAUAAGAUGGCGGACACCAGUGAACUCCACGUGUGCCACUUAACUCACACCCCAAUUCGACAAUUUACCCGUCUAACCAUCAAAAUCAUAAAACAAUUACUUUUUUACAAUAUACUGUCACACUUGUGCACAAUACCGAUCUUUGUUUCUUGUACAAACUUCCACCACAAUCGUCUCUGAUCGCGUUCUAGCUACGAGUUACAAUACAGAUUUGUGGUGCUCAAAAUCUACUUAAAGCACCAAAACAACAAUGAGAACUGUUCAUGGACCCCUUAAUUGAAAUAUACUGAAUUAUUCUUACCUGCAAGAAAAGAUAUGACAGUAUAAAGUCAAUCACAUAUGGAGCGUCUCAAUUCUGUGUGUUAUCUAUCUGCUCACCUCGCAUUAACUGCUGUAUUACGUGUUUUUGAGCAGACCUUGGUGAGAGCUCCCCCUAUGUACUGUGUACACAUGAAAAGAUGUACCAUUCCUGCAGAUAUCUAUUAAAGUAUGUAAGCAGGAGCUCAAGACCCACUCCAAACACUUUCAGACAUUUAGUCUGGAUAGAU